UUCCGUGUCACAGAAGUCAAACGCGGGGUAUCGCUGCUCAUUCCACGUAUGGAAUGAAAGCAGAUGGGCUUCAAGACUUGCUGAUCACCACGGACGAGACCCUAAUUCAAUUCUCGCGCACAAGGCUCACUCAGCAGACAUCCUUUCUUGUCCGUCCAUGGGACCGUCGUCUCCUUGGGCUGCCUGAUUUUUCAGAGCAGCUCGCCUCUGCAGACGAAGGGGAGAGCGUAGGGGAUUGGUCCGAGUCCGAGUCUGGAUUAGACGACACUAACAAGUCGUCCAGCAACUCACCUGGAGAAGAGGAGUUGUCAGUUGACUCGGAUGCUUUCAGCGCACUUUUGGUAGCGCAACAACGCGUUGGAGAAUACAAGAGGGUCGCGUCGGACCAAUAUAUCAUUGCGCAGGUGAAACACCCGGCUUCGAUUAACAUUAUGAACAUCGGGACCCUAGACAUUUUGUAGCUGAAUGGUUUUUUU